AAAAAAUGACAUUUUCAAUUUUAGCAAGCUUUCCAGAUUCCCCGCAAAAAUAGUAGGUGCAAACAUGGAGUAUAUAGGAGUAAACCACUGCUGCUCCAAAAUUAGCACUUUCCCAUAUACUAAUUUCUCUCUCCUUUUUCACAACACUUCUGAGAAAUCUCGCCAUUUUUCUCUGAAAUCUCAACUCAAAAACCCUGAUAUUAAAAUGACCAAGAAACCCAGUAUUAUCAAAGAUAAUAAUAAUGGGUCUACUUUGAUUCAAAAAGAAGUUACUAGAACUGAUUUUCCUCCCGAUUUUGUGUUUGGCGUUGCAACUUCUGCUUAUCAGGUUGAAGGAGGGUGGAAUGAGGGUAACAAAGGUCCUAGUAUUUGGGAUGCUUUUACUCAUAUUGAAGGAAAAAUUGUUGAUGGAAGUAAUGGUGAUGUAGCAGUUGAUCAAUACCAUCGUUACAAGGAAGAUGUAGAACUCAUAUCUACAUUGGGUUUUGAAGCGUACCGGUUCUCAAUUUCAUGGUCCCGCAUAUUUCCCGACGGCCUCGGGACUAAGGUUAAUGAUGAAGGGAUAAAUUACUACAACAAUCUUAUUAAUACUCUUCUCGAGAAAGGUAUACAACCUUAUGUUACUUUGUACCAUUGGGACCUUCCUUUACAUCUCCAAGAGUCAAUGGGAGGAUGGAUGAAUAGGGACAUUGUAAAAUAUUUUACAAUGUAUGCGGAAGCUUGCUUUGCAAAUUUUGGGGAUAGAGUUAAACACUGGAUUACGUUUAAUGAGCCUCUUCAAACUUCUAUCAACGCCUAUGGUAUUGGGAUAUUUGCCCCUGGAAAAUGCGAAGAUUCAUAUUUGGUAGCCCAUCAUCAAAUCCUGGCCCAUGGUUCUGCUGCUUCAGUCUAUAAAGACAAGUACCAGGAAAAGCAAGGUGGACAGAUUGGGUUGGUGGUAGAUUGUGAAUGGGCUGAAGCAGCAUCAGAGAGUGUUGAAGACAAAAUUGCUGCUGCACGACGCCUUGAUUUCCAGCUAGGAUGGUAUUUGGAUCCAAUAUAUUUUGGAGACUAUCCCCAAGUAAUGCGCAAAAAACUUGGGGAGAGGCUUCCUAUAUUCUCUCAGGAAGACAGAGACUUGCUUCAGAACUCCAUAGACUUCCUUGGUAUAAAUCACUACACUACUAGGUACAUAGCACAUUCAACUGCUGAUCCUGAAGGGCAUGAAUAUUACGCAGCACAAGAGAUGGAGAGAAUUGCUGAAUGGGAAGAGGGUGAAUCAAUUGGUGAGAAGGCUGCAUCAUCCUGGCUAUAUGUAGUUCCUUGGGGAUUUAAGAAACUUCUUACUUACGUAGCAAAGAAAUACAACAAUCCUACAAUUUAUGUUACUGAGAAUGGUAUGGAUGAUGAAAACGAUGACUUGGCUGAGCUCCAUGAGGUGCUAGAUGACAAGUUGAGAGUCACUUACUUCAAGGGCUAUGUUGCUGGUGUUGCAGAAGCAAUCAAGGAUGGCGUCAAUGUGAAAGGAUACUUUGCAUGGUCUUUGUUGGACAACUUUGAAUGGCAACAAGGUUACACCAAGCGGUUCGGUUUAGUUUAUGUAGACUACAAGAAUGGACUUUCUCGGCAUCCAAAAUCCUCCGCAUAUUGGUGGAUGCGAUUUUUGAAGGGCAACAAGGGGAAAGAUGGUAAAGAAGAGUGAUUUUUAUUGUAUCCUCGAUCUCAUUGAAAACAGAGUAUUACAAGUUUACAACUUACAGAUUAUAACCUAAACAUUCUCUAACUAGCGCUGUGAACUUGUGAAGGCUACCAAUAUACAUUCAGCAAAUUUGGUUAUACUUCUUUUUUGGUCCUUAGUUUGGCUUUGUUUUCUUUGGUGUGUUUUUAUAUGUUUUUGUUAGAACUUCCUGCCAAUAAAACAAGGGUUAUACUUGGAUUGCUUACUAU